CUUCUGUAGUCAAAGGUCCUGCAGAGUCACCUCACUCUGUCCCCACCCGCCCGCUACCCUAUGCCCUUCCCCGCGCCCUGUGGCCAUCCCUUUCUACUCUCGGACCUCGGAGAUCCCCUCCCGCCCUCGUCCCUCUCCUCACUCUGGUUCCGCCUCUCGAAUCUUUUCCAAGCUCCGCUUCCUCCACUCAAAUGUCUUUCUCACACUGGCUCCCCACCCUGCCAAAGUCAAUUUCGAAGCAAUUAAACAUUUAAUAAUUAAAGUUUUGUCAAAGUAAUUUAGGUAUAACAAAAAAAUAAAACAAGUGGGUCUUAUAUCUAAGAGCAGUAGCCACCCACCUUUUAACUAAAUCCUUUUUGCAGAGCCCACCGCUUUUUUUAAUGUUUAGAUCUUUUUAUUACCCUACUAAAUGUAAAUAAUAUGCUUGCACCGUAUUUCUUGAUUUAUCAUUUGGAUAUAUAUUUAUCACUUCCCUGCUGCCACCAAUUUUUUAUUUCUAUUUUCAUUCUUUUAUUGAUCUUUGUAGCUUUAAAUCAUAAAUAUCAACCUGCAUCGUGUCAGCUUUAAGUGGUAACUCUUUAGCGCCCCUCUGUGUUAGGUGAGGAUAUUGACACUUCUUCCACUUCCAACCUGCUAUCAGCGGGACCUCAACCUUCAACAGUUACAUUUAAUUCUCAUAUAUUCAAAAUAUAUUGGAGGCACUGUUCUUGGCAUCGGGGAUAUAGCAGUGAAUCAAACUGAUAAUGUCACUAUCCUCAUGAAACUUCCAGUGUAGGAAGUAAGACAAUGAACACAUGAAUGUCAAAUGAUUAAGAGCAGAAUCAUGGAGAAAUCAUUUCAAGCUGGGAGAAGAGCAGAAAUAAAGUGGGGUAGAAUGAAUGGACAUGGGGUCUGCAGAAAAGUGUGGAAGUUUCUCUCUUUGCUUGUCUGGGCAUAGGUGCUGUUUCAAAGGUGAAGAGCAAGAGCUUCCUAUUGGACUGGGUGCUGGAACACCAGGAUAGACUCUUCAGUGGGCAUCCCUAGAUGUCCCUCUGUGGUUGGUGUGAGCAACGUGACCUAUUCAGAACUUCACUUGGGAAGGCCAGUGCUUAUUAAACAAGCCUUCAUUUUGCCUGGUUCUGUUCUGAGGAGGGUGUGAGAAGGAGCCAUGGAUCCUGCAGUGCUGGUGGAAGCUGUUGUGGAAGAGGUGGCCUGUCCCAUCUGCAUGACCUUCCUGAGGGAGCCCGUGAGCAUCGAUUGUGGUCACAGCUUCUGCCAAGGCUGUAUCUCCGGACUCUGGGAGGUCCCAGGGGAAUUCCACAACUGGGGUUACACAUGUCCCCUCUGCAGGGCUCCAGUCCAGCCAAGGAAUCUGCGGCCUAAUUGGCAGCUGGCUAAUGUGGUAGAAAAAGUCCGUCUGCUAGGGCUGCACCCAGGAAUGGGGCUGAAAGGUGAUGUAUGUGAGUUCCAUGGAGAACAGCUAAAGAUGUUCUGCAAAGAAGAUGGCCUAGUCACAUGUGAAGCCUGCCGCCAGUCCCCUGAGCAUGAGGCCCACAGUGUCGUGCCCAUGGAGGAUGUCGCCUGGGAGUAUAAGUGGAAACUGCAUGAGGCUCUGGAACAUCUAAGGAAAGAGCAAGAAGAGGCCUGGAAGCUGGAAGUUGGUGAGAGGAAACGAACUGCCAACUGGAAGACACAGGUGGAAACCCGAAAGCAGAGUAUCAUAUGGGAGUUUGAGAAGUUUCAACGAUUACUACAGAAAAAGCCACCAGGUCAGCGGCUGGAGGUAGAGGCAUCUGCAGCUCUUGCCAGCCUAGAGCAGGAGGAGAGGGAGACCAGACAGAAACUGGAGCUGAAUCAUGAUGCGCUCGGCCAGCAGAGCCGGGUCCUGUGGAGGCUGAUUGCAGAACUGGAAGAGAGAUCUCAGAGGCCCAUCCGCUGGAUGCUGCAGGGUAUUCAGGAAGCCUUGAAAAGGAGCAAGUCUUGGAGCCUAAUUAUGACAGAAGGCAAAUGGGGCAAGGAAGUGUGGGGAGAAAGUAUAGGACUAGCCAUAAAACACGAUUUUGGAGCCAUGUAUUAUAAUGAGGAGGAAUAG